AUGGAUGACUUGACUGCCCAGGCCAGCUCCGCAAACAACCCUGAUUCCAACUCUACCCCAAACACAACCAGAAAUCUCCAGAAGGGUCGACUAAUACCCCAGCUCACCAACAACCCUGACUCCCACUCUACCCCAAACACAACCAGAAAUCUCCAGAAGGGUCGACUAAUACCCCAGCUCACCAACAACCCUGAUUCCCACUCUACCCAAAACACAACCAGAAAUCUCCAGAAGGGUCGACUAAUACCCCAGCUCACCAACAACCCUGAUUCCCACUCUACCCCAAACACAACCAGAAAUCUCCAGAAGGGUCGACUAAUACCCCAGCUCACCAACAACCCUGAUUCCCACUCUACCCAAAACACAACCAGAAAUCUCCAGAAGGGUCGACUAAUACCCCAGCUCACCAACAACCAUGAUUCCCAUUCUACCCCAAACACAACCAGAAAUCUCCAGAAGGGUCGACUAAUACCCCAGAUCACCAACAAUCCUGACUCACACUCUACCCCAAACACAACCAGAAAUCUCCAGAAGGGUCGACUAAUACCCCAGCUCACCAACAACCCUGAUUCCCACUCUACCCAAAACACAACCAGAAAUCUCCAGAAGGGUCGACUAAUACCCCAGCUCACCAACAACCCUGACUCCCACUCUACCCAAAACACAACCAGAAAUCUCCAGAAGGGUCGACUAAUACCCCAGCUCACCAACAACCAUGAUUCCCAUUCUACCCCAAACACAACCAGAAAUCUCCAGAAGGGUCGACUAAUACCCCAGCUCACCAACAACCCUGACUCACACUCUACCCCAAACACAACUAGAAGUCCCCAAGAUGGUCGACUAGAGCUCCCCAAACAACCCUGUCUCCCGGGAACUGUGCCCCGAACACUAAAUUCAAACGUCAGUUGA